AAUCUGUUAUCCUCUUCAGCUUUUGCCCCCAGUCAAUAUGUGCCGUAAGCUGCCCAGGAAAUUUGUAACUCCUCUUUUCUGAGUUUUUGAUCGUCUUUUCUUGCAUUCCGUCUUCUUCGCUACGUCAAGUUCUUUGGGAGAGACACAAACCACCACCGUCUCACGUCUCAGCGAUGAGAACCAAUUUCACAGACUGCAAAAUUGGCUUCCUCUCCACGCCAGAGAAAAACAUACCUUGGAGAUAUGAGGGUCCAAUCCAUGGCUUAAGCCAUAACGUGAAUAGAAGCGAGAUUAUUUCACUCGAAGGAUGUCUUCAGCUCUGCGGCCACGGGACCGCCUUGUAUUCCUGGUCAGACGCCUCCCAGACAAUUUCAACUUGGGUGCUCCCUAUCAUUGGCAUGAUAUUGCAGGCGCCCUUUGAAAGCAACGACUUCUGGGGCACAGUCUGGACUCUUUGCAGAUGGGUGGGCUCGCCGAUUGCUUCACUCUCGUAUGUGCUCUGGAACAUCAGAGUCACAGGCAAGUGUGCCUUGAUGAUCGAUAUGGCGGUGCCCUACCGUAAGCUGCCUGAUGAGGACUCUGAGUUCGCCAAAGUUCGAGACUCGUUGUAUAUUUUGAGCGUCAUGAAUCAAUUCAAAAUGCAUCCAAACAUGCCGAGUGGCGUUGCGGAAAAGCUCUUGCGAAUAGCGCUAUUCAGCGACCAGCUCAAGCUCUCCCACAAAGAGAAUGCAAAGACGUUGGAGAAGAUGCGCCAAAAGCUCGCCAAAGACCUCCGAGAAACUCGUCGACGGGGUAUCGUCCCGGUAUUCAUCUCACUUGGCUGGUUCUUUUUCUCAUUGGCCAUUUCUAUCCAAGCCGCUUUUGGACAAAUUGGAGAGAAUGCCACGGCUCACAAUUUAGCUCUGGGCCUUCUGUAUGGCUGGAUGCCAGUCUUGAUUCUCUGUGGCAUUGUUGACCGCAAUCCGGUUGCAACGGAUCAAGUUCGGCAAAAGUUUAACCGCCUGAUUGAUUCCACACGAUUGGCUCUCCUUGAUGAUGAACUUCGAGAGCAGUAUUUGCGCGAUAUUCCAGAAACAGAUGAGGAUUUCCGCUGGAUUCCCAAACUGAGUGAUUCCAAGAAGUUCAGCGAGGAAUUUUUUGUCAGCUUUGCCGGUCAAGGGCGCGUUCGGUGUCACUAUGGUGUUGCACAUCCCAUUUUAUCCGGAAUUGAAGCUUCCUUUGUUGCAGAAUAUGGUCGCAAUUGGCUUCGUUACGAGGACGCUAGACAAGACCUAGUCCGUGGCAGGGAGCAUCCUCAAGGCCUACACUCGUUUGAUUUGAGAGAAAUUUGGCAGAUCCUUAGUGCUCUCUUCAUCGUCGGAGGGACAUGUGCGAGUGCAUUUGCGAUAUCAUUCCAUACACCCACCUGGGGCCUUGGGUGUCGAAGUGGUGGAUACAUGAUAUUUUUCAUGCUCUCUUUUUUGUCCUUUGUCCUGGAGAUGCUCACGUGGUCGCUCUUUUAUCCGUCGGGGCAUCCAAAGAGUCUUACUAAACGCCGUGGGACUGAUUAUUCGCCCUCAAUGACAAGGACCGAUAGGGCCCGUGGCGGUCUUCGGCGUUGGUGGACGGAUAUGAGUCCUCGGGAUCGCUUGCAAUUUAUUUUGCUAACACCUUUCGAAUUUGGUAGUUUGAUCUGGUUGCUGUACAUCACCAUUGCCCAAACAUUUGGCAUGUAUCAGACUUGCAGGUGCAUGAGCUCAAGCUGGACACCCAUGGGAGGCUAUAUUGAUUUCGCAUAUUCGAACUUUUAUUGGUCUAAGGGUGUUCUCGAAGUGUGGGCCAAUGCUACUGCCGUAUCCUGUGCUAUCAUGGCUGUUGGCAUUGCGUUCAUUGUCAAUGAAUGGUGCACCCAGAGUCAUAUGAGCAGCGAGAACUAUCAAAAGGCAAUGAACGGGCUGCGAAGAACCCGGGCAUGGAAACGACGUACACUAUGGCUUAGCCAUUUCCCCAAUAUGGUUAUCGGCUGGGUAAAAAGGCUUUUCGUCAAGCCUUCAGGCGAGAAUCAAGAAGGGUCAAGGCGAAGUUUGGUGUGGAGCGUUGAGGAGCCAAAGAUUGAACAAGUCUCGCGUUCUGGCAGCGAAGGCGAAAAUGAUAUGCUCGAAAUGCCACUUCGUGCUCUCACCAGGUCAUACACCUCUAGUUUUGAAGGCCCGAGAAGAAGCAAUUCUGUUCUUGUAUAGAAGAGCAUGAUAUAUUGCAACCUCUGAUACAGUACAACAUAGGGCGUUCUGCUAUCCCUAGGCACUUCAUUUCAUUGCAUGGGUAUGUUGAUAAUACGGCGUUUAAACCCAGUGGCGGAGUUGUGUUGCAU